AUGCCCUCGAAGUUUCGCAAGAACGUUUGGGUGAAGCGUGGCGAUUACGUACUCGUCGAACCAAUUGAAGAAGGGGAUAAAGUUAAGGCUGAAAUGGUCAGGAUAUUAACGCCCGAUCAUAUUAAGUAUUUCAAAAAGGAUAAUGCGUGGCCCGCCGAAUUUGACGUUGCGAAACAGACCACCAACGACGAGGAUGAUCUGUUCAUUAACACCAAUCGGCUUGCGAUCAGUGACGAGGACAGUAGUGACGAUGUUUGUAGUGAAGACAGUAGUGAGAGUGAUGCGAGUACGGAUGAAAGCGAAGAAAAUUAA